CUUUCAACCAAAACAACAUCGUCACAAUUGCAACAACCCUACGACAUCCACCCUUCGCGUGCUUUUGCCCUACCCUUUCGACUCGGUAUCUUUGCGCAAUGCAUAUCUGAUCGCCUUCUCAAAACAAAAACCACAACCCCCCCCCUACGACCUCCCCGACGCGCUUUGUUUUGAUUCAAAAAUCAUGGCGCCCACACGAGCGAAAGUGACUUCGCGCACGCAGGUUGGAGCACCUUCAUGGAUCGCAGAAGAGCGUGCCUCUGCGGCAGAGAUUGUCCAAGCAGAGGCGGAAGAGUUUACCUUCUCGGCGCGUAAUGAGGUCGAGUGGUUGAACGAGCACAUGGGGGAUAUUUUCAGCGAAAAUCAUGUGUAGGUAAACAAAGUAUGAGGAUGGGCCCGACUAACGCGUGAUGAAUAGAAACGUUGCAGAAAUCUUCAAAACUCCAGGUAAACUGAGAGGAAAAACACCACGAACAAUCAGAAAGAAUAACCCCCUUGAGACGCGUGCUGUAAGUCGCAUCAACCAUUCCCAUGAUCGCAACUAAUAUCAAACAGCCAUUAUCGGAUGUAUUCUCAGCGACUCCUAAUGGAAAAUCAAGCCCCUUUAAACAAUCCCAUUUCGAACGACCUGUUGCGACAUUCCAAGUGGCCGAAGAUGCACGAAGUCAAUCCCCCGAGCCUGUUGCUCAAGAAGAGCAUACCUCACCACAUUUACCUUCCGCAAGCAAAAGCCCCUUGCAACAACGAAAGCCCGCUUAUAACCCGUUCGACUCGGGAUAUUUUGGAAGUCAGACCGUUCACGCGACGCAGAACCAUGAUUUCUCGGACACACAAACACUGCAGAUUAGUACCCCAGCGAAGGCGCGGACACCUGCGAAGAUUUUGGUUGAGCAAAUGAACCGCGAAUCGACUGGCUCUUUUGAGUCGGCAAAGGAGGAAUUAACACAGCAUAUAAGUAAUGGCGACGAGAUGGAAUUAGCCAACGAGAACGUAGAGCCGACCAGAGAAACAGAGCCAGUCAGCUAUCCAAUUCUUACUUCGCCUCUGGAAACAAGAACUCAACACAUGUCAUCACCGCAAAAGCGUUCACCGCAGAGAUCGCCACAACAGUCGCCCCAUCGCUCACCAGUGCGCUCGCCGUACCGUUCACCCGAACGACCAGUAUCUGUCUUGCAAUCAUCACCACCAAAAAUUGCGCCGCCAUCAAUGGAGGUGGUUGAGGAUGAGCCAAUGGAAGACGUACAUUCACCUUCACUCGCAUCAAGUCCGCUUAGACCUGUUGUCGUUCGGAAAAGUAGCUUAAAUUUUGCCUCGCUACCCGCACGGGAGCCAUUGACCACCAAGAAAAGCCUCGGAACACGUACUUCAAGAACUAGUCAUUUGGAUCAGUCCAGAACAAGUUACUAUAGACGUGCCACUGGCGGGAAAAGCUUAGGCAAUGUUAGACAAGAGCAUCAGAACAAGGACGAUGAUAGUAUGGAGAUAGACAUGGAUGAGAAUGAUGAGACGAUGAGUGGGACUGACUCAAAGAUGGCUCGUCUCCAUAAUAAAACUUCUACGCAACGCCUGCAAGACCAAAUUAGUAUGCUUGGGCAAUCCCAAGCCCACCCUCGACCAGCAUCCAAAUCCAUCGCAGGCAAUGGACUUGCUACCUCCCAAGUCAAUCAAAAAACCCAGCCUCCAGUGGCACAAACCAGUGGAAACAAGGCAAAGUCACCCGAACGCUCUCCCGAUCGUAAAGCACGCCCACCCCCUGGCGCAUUCCCAGAUGAUGAAGAAGAUAGUUGGAUUGGCCCACCCACCGCAGCACGAGAUGGUUCUGUGUUUAGCCCAAGACCGCUGACUAAAAGCCAUACUGCCGAUGUCAUGGAAGAUAUUCAUGGCAAGGACAGCAUUGGCGGACCCCAGUUCAGCAUUCCUAAGCGAGGUGAGGAACAACGUUUACAUUCACCUGUUCGUGAAGCUCCCGUGCUGGAAAGAAAAACGAGCGCUUUUGGGCAUUUUAAAUCGGUAUCAACCUCUGUCCUUCGGUCACCAAGAAAGGCUGGCAACUCCCCAGGCACAAAAAGUACGAUAUCUGUGUCGAAUCCAAAUCCGUCUAUCUCUAGCACCGAUGAAGAAACGACGCCUCCAAAGUCGCCCUUCAGAAACAAUCGUGGUAGUCCACUAAAAGCCGCAAAGGAUAAAUUCUCCUCAAUUCUGAAAACUUCCCGAGGCCUGUUUGCUAGUAGUGCAGCAGUUAGUGCCGAUGCAAAGAAUGUAUAUUCUCCCUCAUCAAGUCAUUUCGGUUAUCACCAAAACCAAUCUGCAGAUGACGUAUUUCCAAGGUCUCAGGAUAAAGCACCACUGUACCCGAUACUCGACAACGAAUCAAGCGCUGAUUCUAACUCUGACAAAGCUCCUUCGAGUUCGCCCAAGGCAAACCCUCGAAGAACUCGAGCUUCUACAGAACGAGAAGAGAGAAAGAAGGAAGGGGAAGCCAGGGAGAUCCGCGAUGCCAAAGAGGCACAGAAGAUGUCGGAUCAAUUGGAGAAGGCCCGCAUGAAGGUUAAGGAAGAAGCUCGAGCUUUCCAUGUUGAGCAUGAACGAGCAAAUACAAUGCAAAAAGAGGUCGACGCUCGGAAGGAGUACGAAAAACAGGCGAAAUCAAGCCAGACUGAGAUACCAAGAGCGACUCGAACCAGCCCUAGAAAAACCAAGGCCCAGUUAGAGGCUGAAGGUAGAGCGGCGGCAGCAAGCAGCGUAGACCUCACCAGACGUGAUGUCGAUAUGGAUGCAUCUGCAAUGCCACCGCCUUCAAUCCCUCGCCCCAAAUCCCAGAUUGGCAGACCAGGACCAAAGCGGCCGUUGCGACCAGCCAAGGAACCACUUGGGAAGGCCAAGCCACCAACAGUUAUCCGAGUCGAUACUGGUUCUCAACGAGGUCACCAACAUCAUCCGUCCAACUCAACAUUGGCAGCCACUUUGCAAGAAUCUCUUUCGCAACCUGCUGGUGGAGCCCCUGGGCUGAAGAAAAAGGCCAGUUCAAGUUCAAUCCAAAGCAAAGCAUCUACAUCAAGCUUCAAGGCUACCGCAAAUAAAGCUUUGGAGGCUGCGGCCAGGAAGAAAGAGCAGGUUCGUUUUAAUUCAUCUCUUACUAACUACUCGCAGCUAACGACUCAGGAUGAACUUGCUACUCAGAAGAAACGAGAGGCUAAAAUGGAGAUUGAGAGACAGCGCGCUUUGAAUAAGGAAGAAGAACGCCGAAAAGAAGAAGCCCAGCGCCGAGCGGAAGCAGAGCGACAACGUGAGAUUCGAAACGAGAGGGAGCGGGCAGCCAGCGCUGCGGAUGCUAAAAAGUCUGCAUCACGACAGGCUGCGGAGAAGAGAAGACAGGAGCUGGAGAAAGCAAAACAGACUAGAGCUCCGCCACCCGCCGUCCGUAACCAGGAUAAGGCACUUCCUCCUGUUCCUCGGGAAGAGGUCGGACGGACCCCCAAUCCAGCUUCUCAAAACGUCAGCAAGUUUCCUCCAAAGAGACCUCUUCAGCAAGACGAGGAGCAUUCUCGCCCAGCUCUUCAACGAAGCGGGCCGUCAUACAAUAAUGAGCAACAGUCCAAGCGCCGCAAGACGGACGAAUAUGACGACGAUGAUUUAACUGAACACCAGCCAAGGAUGACUGCACCUCCUAUCCGACAAUCCAGCAGUCGAGCAAAGGUAAAACCCCUCGUUUUACAAAUUCACAGCUAUCAUACUAACCUCUAACAGGAUAUGCAGCCUAAAUCACUAUUCCCAAGUGGAUAUGCCAACGUGCCCCCAAGCUCAAACAAUCUUUCACGGUCAACAAUGAUGUCUCAACAUAAUGUUAACCAGUCAAAACCUGGGCACCCGAUGGACAUGGCACAAAUGUCGAAAGGACCUAUCCCAUUCGCUUCCAGCUCAACCCAGGCCAAAUCGCAAGCCUACAAAACACCGAUUCGCCCAGCUACUGCUAAGUCAUCUGCCAAGUCGGUUGUGAAAUCAUCCCCACAAUAUCAAAAUGGAGAGACCAUUGAUCUGCCCGAAAUCAACACUGACUCUGAAGAUGACGAUGAUGAUGACGGAGACGACAAACCCGCCUUUAAGGGCGCUGCAUGGAUUGAGUCUCCGGCGCUUAGACAGCAAUUGACUGAGCAAGAAAAUAGAGAUCCGACCGAUAUUUUUGGGCCUCCGGCACCCAUAAAUAUGGAAGAGGUCUUCAACAAGAGUAAAGACAAGUUUCCCAAAUUCCGGGAUAGAACUUCGAGUGCCAACUGGGGCGGUAUUGAUCGUCUGACGGAAGACGAGAUCCGCCGGGAUCUUUUGGCGAGGCAGCAAAUCCAACGAGCUGGUGGUUGGGAUUUCAAUUCUAUGAUAUGAUUCAUUGUGUGUUUAUUGUUCAGAUUGGACGGGGGACUUUUUUUGUUUUAUAGCAUCCUUUGGUUGAUUAUUUUUCACACAUGCGGUGUAGGGUGCUUGUGGAGUUACUAUUUGUGGGGGAUGGCUUUGAACUCACGGCUUUGGAGGGAAUAAUGAUUACGAAAACUAUUGUUCCCUAAUCUUGGUUCGAUUCAUCCUUUUUUGACUUCUAGAGUACUAUCAUUUCAAUAAAUAGCAUUUUUUGA